AUGGAUCGCUACGACGAGCAAGGCAUGGGGGAGAAGACGUCGCCCCAGGCGUCUCUUGAGGCAGGCAGCGACGACCGUCCGAAGGAAACUGGGAUCCUGGCCACUUUGCGCCGCUUCGAGGGCAGAAUGGACAAAGCCCUGGGUGUAGAGUCGCAUGCCAUCGACCGCAAGAUGGACGCCGACAAGAGCCCCGUUAAGUGGCACGAGGAACUGACCAUGGCUCUCCUGUGGGCGAGUGGUACCAUGGGUAUCAGCUGCUUCGCAACAGGGUUUCUCGGCUGGGAGUUUGGUCUUGACCUGAAACGGGCUAUUCCCAUCUUCAUCUUUGGUUCCAUCCUCGGUGGUGCUGUGUCUGGAUAUUGUGCCACCUUUGGAGCCGCAACCGGUUUGCGACAAAUCUCCGUCUCCCGAUUCAGUUUUGGCUGGUGGCCCAACAAGCUCAUUGCCUUUUUGAAUGGUGUCGAACAACUUGGCUGGGCAUCUGUCGGCUCUAUCAGCGGCGGAUUGGCGCUGACUGCCGUGGCCGAUGGUCGCAUCUCCCUCGUCGUCGUCGUUUAUGGAAGCUCCGCAUCAUGGGCCACCAUGGUAUCCGACUAUUACGUUCAUUACCCGACCAAUGUUUCCAGGCUCAAAGUUUUUAUUCUCACGACUCUUGGUAUCGCUAUUCCGACAUCCUUUGGCAUGACCGCCGGAGCCGUUGUGGCUAGCUCCCUAAACAAUCAAACGGCUUGGGCGAACACCUACGAGAACCAAGGUCUUGGCUUUCUGAUCCGAGAUAUGCUGCACCCUCGCGGUUUCGCUAAGUUUCUCCUCGUCAUCUUCUCCUUCAGCGGCAUCAACACCAACAUCAUCUCCCUAUACUCUGCGGCCAUCUCGUUCCAACAAAUGGCCCGCCCUUUUGCCAAAGUCCCCCGAUUCCUUUGGACCUUGCUCUGCUUUGCUGUUGUUAUUGGGCUGGCUCUCGGUGGUCGCAGCCAACUGAACACCUAUCUGCAAAAUUUCCUCAGCUUGUUAGGCUAUUGGUGCACGAGCUACUUCAUCAUCCUGCUGAUGGAACAUUCCAUCUUUCGACGUGGAGACUUUGCCAAUUACGAUCUCGAUGGUUGGAACGACCCGAGCCGCUUACCUCAUGGCAUUGGGGCUAGCGUUGCCUUCCUAGUCGGGGUGGUCGCAUGGUGCAUGGGUAUGGUUGAGACGUGGUUCGUGGGACCUCUUGGCGGUCUGAUUGGCGAAUCUGGAGGUGAUAUCGCCAACGAAAUGACGCUUGUGGUCACUGCUGUGGUAUACCUGCCUGCUCGCUAUUUGGAAUUGAAGUUUUUCGGCCGAUAG